AUGGCGGGUCAGUCUCCCGCUGGGGUCCUCGUCCUGGCUCUGGCGCUCUGGGGCUGGGUGCUAGUUCUGGCGGGGGCCAUGGACGCCAUGGGGCCUCACACGGCUGUCCGUCUAGCCGAGCUGCUGACCCCGGAGGAGUGCAGCCAUUUCCAGUCGCUUCUGAAGGCGCCGGAGCCGGACGUCGAGGCCGAGCUGGCCAGACUUUCUGAGGAUCGGUUGGCUCGGGCCGAACCGCCAGGGCCCAAGCCAGGGUCACCAGGCCGGCGGCGACGGGAGGCGAGGGACCCGGCAGCUGACCCCGAGGAGGUAUCCGACGGCUGCCGGGAAGGGCUGGCGGCUUGGCUGGCAGCCGAGGCCCUGACGCUGCCCUGGGACCGUGUGGCCCGGGCCCUGCGGCGCUGCGGCCGCCCGGACGUGGCCCGGGAGCUGGGCAAGAACCUCCACCAGCAGGCGACGCUGCAGCUGCGCAAGUUUGGGCAGGGCUACUUGCCGCCCGAGGAGUCCCCAGGCCCCGCCCCCGCCCCCGCCCCCGCGCCGGCUCCAGCCUCAGCCCCGGGACCCGCCCCGGGCCCGCCCCCACCUCACGCGCGCUCCCGCCGCGCCUCCGUCCCCGAGCCCAACUGGGAUGAGCUGGAGCUGGUCUUGGAGCGACUGCCCCAGGCACCGUACCAGCGCAGCCCCCUGGGCUGGGCCGGGCCGCUGGCGCUGGGCCUCUUCACAGGUUUCGUGGGAACACUGGGCGCCGGGGCGCUGUUCAUCCUGCUCACACUGUGGAUCACGGGCGGCGAUGGCGACGGGGUGCGGCCCGGCAGCCCCGGCCCGCCCGCCACUGCCCGGCUCAGGCCCAGCGAGGCGCAAGGCUGGUGGGAGGCGAAGCCGCUCUUGACUGAAGCGCAGCUCCUUUUUCCGGGGUCCUGGGCCCACUCUGCCCGGGCUGCAGGUGGGCCAGACCCUCCCUCACCCCAGUGCCCCCGGCUGUAA